UUUGAACAUUUUCCAAUGAACUUCUUUGAUGGUCAAGUAUACCGCCGAAAAGGUGUUAGUUUGCGUGGAAAUAGUGGGAGACAAGAAGAUGGAAAGAGAAUAUUAGAGCGCGCUCGUGAAGAACGAGCUUUGAGGGAAAGACAGAGGUUGGAAGAGAAGAAAGCUGUUAUUUUGCAAAGUUUUCUACGAGCAGGUUUACAGACAAAAAAAGCUAAAAAAGAGUUUGAACAAGAACUGGAUGAGUUGUUGAAACUGGGGAGUUGUUCGGUUUGGACUUUAGAAAAUGACCUUUUGAUUACCAGAGCUAUUCGAUUGUUUCUAUUUACUGUGCGAGGAUAUGAUAUUUAUGGACUUUCUUCACAAAAUUAUGAGAGGCUAUGUAGCUUAUGUAAGAUUUUAUUGAAGUGGUUGACCUGUUUUCAAGCGAAACCAUAUUUGGAAAACGGCUAUGAGCAACGUGCUUCCCAUGUUUUGCAUAUUACUUCACUAUUAGGAAAAUUGUACGCUGUAUGUAUAUAUGUAUUCAGUAGGAACAAUAGCACAACUGAAGGGUUGGAGAAAUCGGUAGGAAAUCCAGUCUUAGAGUUUUGUAAAGUUGCCACGACACUGGAAGUUUUUGCCGCCAAGAGUGUUGGAGAGUUGUUGGAUUGUUCUUUAAAGCAUGGAGUUUAUGAAAGUUUCCGUAUUUGGCUAUUGCAUGUAUUGGAACUGGUUCCCCACAGAAUAGAAGUGCUUACUAUGUUGUUUCGUCUUCUGUUGGAGCCUCUGAAGACUUCUUUUGCUACUCAUACUAAUCAUCGUAUGGUUAUUUUUGGUCAAUUAUUUUCUAUCUCGAAGCUUUUAUCUUCAUUACCGGAUAGCCUCGCCUAUUAUUUGAUCCGUAGUUUGGGGAUAGAAGAAAUAAUAUCUCAGCUAUCGCGAGACGAAAGAUUAUUGACUGAAGUGUUAUCAAAGUAUUUCUAUUCUUCACGUCAAGUGGUAGGAUUAUUGGAUAAUUUAAUUUACAUAAUGGAGCACCUGCUAGAAUCAUCGCAUAAGGAAGAUAUUUCCUUCAUGGCAUCUUACGUUAUUUUAUUGAGCUCUUGUACGAGCACCUUGCAGAAUGAUAAAAUAUUCAUGAAUAGAGAAGAAAAGGGCCAGAAACAGAAGAACAUGGAAGGCAGUAUAGGAAUGGAUGAAAUGUAUUCUCUGUACCAGCAAGUGCUUAACAGCAUGAAGUCGUUCUUUAAAAUAGAAAAUAUACGAAAUCUUUUUAGGACUCUUUUAUGCGAAGCUGAUUCGAUUCAGAACUCUACUAUAAUUCGCUUGAGCAAUUUUAUGUGGCACUUUGCACGCAUGGAUGUUGGUUUAGAACAUAAUCUCAUUACUGCCUUGGCUUUUUGGCCUGCUCGAGAAGAUCAGGAACAUGUAUUGGUGAAAUUGUGGUCUCUUUGUUCGUUGGAACAAAAUUUAGAGUUGUUCUCUAGUAACAAUUAUACACUUGGAGAAAGAAGCGUACCUUUUACACUUUUCUGUAGAGCUUUCACGCGUUUAGUUUAUUUUCAAGAUAAUGAAGAAUUUUAUCAACGACAAAAGCCUUUCUCUUUGGAAAAGGUCCGUACCAUUGCUUCUCUUGUGAAACAAGUUCUCUUUAGAGCUUUAUGGUCUCCAGCAGGUUCAGUGAAUCCAUCACCUAAUCCUGCCUUUGUUUUUAACAAUGUUGAUGGAGCAUUGGAAGCAGCUGCACGGCUUUUAGCUGUUUUACGCUCGAGAGAUUCGAAACAGCGUUUUGCAAAGGAAGGCUUUUGGGAAACUGGCGGUGGAAUAUUUGUUUCUGAUACUUUUAUUGUUGAUGCAGCAAAGUCAGUCAUGGAAUUGGAAUAUGCCAACGAAGAUAGAAGUUGGUUUGAACAGAUGGACGAAGGCUCAUUCCCUUCGAGAAAUUAUGGUUCUAUGAAGAGAAAUAUAAACGUGCUUCAACUUUCAAAUGCUGCGCGGAAUAUUCUACGCUUAGCACCGUUCAUGAUUCCUUUUGAAAGCAGGUUGAAAAUAUUUCAUUACUGGAUUCAAAAGGAGAAGGAGCAAGUCGACUUAAGCGUUCAUGGAUUUUUUGGAGUGUUUGAGCAGUCGGGCACGUGGGUUACUAUCAGAAGAGAUUUUAUCGUGGAAGAUGCAUUUGCUGCUUUAAACUCUAUGCGCGAUCGAUUGAAGCAAACGAUAAGAUUGAAGUUCAUCGAUACUCAUGGAUUAGAAGAAGCGGGAAUUGAUGGAGGCGGUGUUUUUAAGGAGUUUAUGCAUCAACUUAUUGCUCAAGCACUUUCACCUUCACUAUAUGGGUUAUUUAGAGCUACUUCUGAAGGGAAGCUGUAUCCGAAUCCAGCUAGUCACGUGUUGGUUGGUCCUAUUCACUUGGAAAUGUUUGAGUUCCUUGGAAGAAUGUUGGGCAAGGCAAUAUUUGAUCGUAUUUUGGUCGAUUUGCCACUUGCUACUUUUUUCUUAUCCAAACUUUUGGGAGAACCCAAUUAUACGGAUGACUUGGAAAGUUUGGACCCGGAAAUGUAUAAGAAUUUGAUGUAUUUAAAGCAUUGUGAUAGCAAAACAGUAGAAGAAAUGAAUUUGACAUUUACUAUAAUGGAUAAUGAAUAUGAAGGUGGUAAAGAGGUUGCUCUAAUACCGAAUGGGCAGGAUAUAUCAGUAACUGCUGAAAAUAGAAUAGAGUAUAUUAAUCGUGUUGCACAUUAUCGAAUGAAUGUUCAAAUCAAACAACAGUGUGACGCAUUCCUAAGAGGUCUUUGUGAUGUUGUCAGUCGACAGUGGAUUCGAAUUUUUUCACCUCAUGAAAUGCAGUUGUUGAUUUCCGGGGUAACUGAAAAGCUCAAUGUCAUAGAUUUGAAACGAUAUUGCCACUAUAGUGGUGGUUAUCAUGAAAAUCAUCGAGUUAUCAGUUGGUUUUGGGAGGUUUUCGAAGAACUAUCGUCUGAGAAACAAGCCAACUUGUUACAGUUUGUUACCUCUUCUCCUCGAGCUCCUCUUUUAGGUUUUCGUUAUUUGGAUCCAGCGUUUACUAUUCAUCGAGCAGAAGCUGAUGAUUCACGUCUUCCAACUGCAUCAACUUGUAUGAACCUUUUAAAGUUGCCAGAAUAUAGCUCGAAAGAAGUCCUUAAGAACAAACUGCUGUAUGCUAUUCAAACUCACACUGGUUUCGAUUUGUCAUAAGUAGUGAAGUAGGGAAGUAACAUAGG